ACAGUAGGUCGUUGUCUGCAAUUCUGUCGUUCAAAAGAGACUGAAGUUCCUCAGACGUUUCUGUGCUUGGCAGGGUUUUCCUUGCCCGGGGUAUUGGUGUGGUGCUGGAUUUUAACAGGGACCUGUGAGGAGUUACAGCUUGAGCAGAGGUCACCUGGAACAUAAACCUGAACACCAGAACCUUUUUAAAACGCUGGGGUUGUUGGAGUGGUGGAAUUUUCCCUGGAUUUGAGUGAGAAAUUCAGAAGACUGAAGCCCAGGCUCACUGUCUACCUUUCACGGAGGCCCAGCCGUGAGAGGACAGAAGAAGGCACGUGGCGAAUCAUGACAGCGGACAAGGAGAAAGACAAAGACAAAGAGAAGGACAGGGACAGAGACCGGGACAAGGAGCGGGACAAGAGGGACAAGGGCAGGGAGAGCGAGAACUCCCGGCCCCGGAGGAGCUGCACCUUGGAAGGAGGGGCCAAGAACUACGCGGAGAGCGACCACAGCGAGGACGAGGACAAUGACAACAACAGUGCCACCACCGAGGAGUCCACCAAGAAGAGCAAAAAGAAACCCCCCAAGAAGAAAUCCCGCUACGAGAGAACCGACAACGGGGAGAUCACGUCCUUCAUCACCGAGGACGACGUUGUGUACAGGCCCGGAGAUUGCGUUUACAUCGAAAGCCGCCGGCCGAACACCCCCUAUUUCAUCUGCAGCAUUCAAGACUUCAAACUGAGCAAACGGGACCAUCUCCUCAUGAACGUCAAGUGGUACUAUCGCCAGUCAGAGGUCCCGGACUCCGUCUAUCAGCACUUGGUCCAGGACAGACACAACGAGAACGACUCUGGACGAGAGCUGGUUAUCACAGACCCCGUCAUCAAGAACAGAGAGCUCUUCAUUUCAGACUAUGUGGACACUUACCACGCUGCUGCCCUCAGAGGGAAGUGCAACAUCUCCCAUUUCUCUGACAUUUUUGCUGCUAGAGAGUUCAAAGCCAGAGUGGAUUCAUUUUUCUACAUCCUGGGCUAUAAUCCAGAGACAAGGAGGCUAAACAGUACCCAAGGUGAAAUCAGAGUUGGACCCAGCCAUCAGGCCAAGCUCCCCGACCUGCAGCCCUUCCCUUCCCCCGAUGGUGACACGGUGACACAGCAUGAAGAGCUGGUGUGGAUGCCAGGAGUCAACGACUGUGACUUGCUGAUGUACCUGAGGGCUGCCAGGAGCAUGGCAGCCUUUGCAGGAAUGUGUGAUGGAGGAUCCACAGAGGACGGCUGCGUGGCUGCCUCCCGUGACGACACUACCCUGAACGCCCUCAACACACUACACGAAAGUAACUACGAUGCUGGGAAGGCCCUGCAGCGCCUGGUGAAGAAACCUGUGCCCAAGCUGAUUGAGAAGUGCUGGACUGAGGAUGAAGUGAAACGUUUUAUUAAGGGGUUGAGGCAGUACGGCAAGAACUUCUUCAGAAUCCGAAAGGAGUUGCUUCCCAAUAAGGAGACCGGAGAACUAAUCACCUUCUAUUACUAUUGGAAGAAAACCCCUGAAGCAGCAAGUUCUCGAGCCCACCGUAGGCAUCGGAGGCAGGCUGUGUUUCGGAGAAUUAAAACUCGAACUGCUUCCACUCCAGUCAACACUCCCUCCAGGCCCCCCUCCAGUGAAUUCUUGGACCUGAGCUCGGCCAGUGAAGAUGACUUUGACAGCGAGGACAGCGAACAGGAGCUGAAGGGCUACGCCUGCCGCCACUGCUUCACCACCACCUCCAAGGACUGGCACCACGGCGGCCGGGAAAACAUCCUGCUGUGCACGGAUUGCCGGAUUCACUUCAAGAAGUACGGGGAGCUGCCACCCAUCGAGAAGCCAGUUGACCCUCCACCCUUUAUGUUCAAGCCUGUCAAAGAGGAAGAUGAUGGACUCAGUGGAAAGCAUAGCAUGAGGACACGGCGGAGUCGAGGCUCGAUGUCUACACUACGCAGUGGUCGGAAGAAGCAGCCAGCCAGCCCCGAUGGUAGAGCCUCCCCCAUCAACGAGGACAUCAGGUCGAGCGGCCGCAACUCGCCCAGCGCCGCCAGCACCUCCAGCAACGACAGCAAGGCAGACUCCGUGAAAAAAUCCACCAAGAAGAUAAAAGAAGAGGUGUCUUCUCCUCUCAAGAACUCCAAGAGGCAGCGGGAAAAGGCAACAUCGGACACAGAGGAACCUGACAGGUCCAAUGCCAAAAAAUCCAAAACUCAAGAGAUCAGCAGGCCCAACUCCCCCUCGGAGGGUGAGGGCGAGGGCGAGAGCUCCGACAGCCGCAGCGUCAACGACGAGGGGAGCAGCGAUCCCAAGGACAUCGACCAGGACAACCGGAGCACCUCGCCCAGCAUCCCCAGCCCUCAGGACAAUGAGAGCGACUCGGAUUCCUCCGCCCAGCAGCAAGUGCUGCAGGCGCAGCCCCAGGUGCUGCAGGCACAGAGCAGCUCUGGCCAGGCUCCUCCAGCCACACCACCCGUACCAGCCCAGUUACCAGCGUCGCUGCCCGCCGUGUCCAGCGCUGCCCCGGCCCCACCGCAAGUGUCCCCGCCAGCAUCCCAGCCCUCCAGCCAGCCCCAGGCCCCUGCCCCACCUCCUCCUCACUCCCACAUCCAGCAGGCCCCUGCUCUGCACCCGCAGAGGCUCCCGUCCCCCCACCCUCCCCUGCAGCCCCUGAGUGUGUCGCAGAGCCAGCCCAGCCCUGCCUCCUCACAGCCCCACACGCAGCCCCCGCUCCACAGCCAGGCCCAGCCUGCCCCUCACAGCCUGCAGGCACAGCCCCUCCUGCCCCAUCCCGUACCUUCCCAGCCAUUUUCCCUGCCUGCUCAGUCAUCUCAGUCUCAGGUUCCCCUCCAGACACAAGCCCCCUCUCAUUCCCACUCGGCUCUGCAGGUGACACAGCCCGUCCUGCCCACGGCCACCUCGCUGCAGCAGGCGCAGCCCCCGCGGGAGCAGCCCCUGCCCCCUGCCCCCAUGGCCAUGCCUCACAUCAAACCUCCCCCUACCACCCCCAUCCCUCAGCUCCCCACUGCUCCAUCCCACAAGCACCCUCCUCACCUCUCUGGCCCAUCUCCGUUCUCCAUGAACUCCAACUUGCCUCCACCACCCGCUUUAAAACCUCUGAGCUCCCUCUCGACUCACCACCCGCCGUCUGCACACCCUCCCCCUCUGCAGCUGAUGCCUCAGAGCCAACCACUGCAGUCCUCGCAAGCCCAGCCUCCUGUUCUGACCCAGAGCCAGAGCCUUCCCCCUCCUGCUAGUCACCCCUCCUCUGGACUCCAUCAGGUAUCCUCCCAGCCCCCCUUUUCUCAGCAUCCCUUUGUCCCGGGGGGCCCAGCUUCCAUCACCCCUCCUUCGUGCCCCUCCACCUCCACGCCACCCGCCAUGCCUGGCAUCCCGCUCCAGACUUCCAUCUCCACGUCAGCAGCCUCUAGUGGGACAGUGCCCGUGGUGACAGCCUGCACGCUGCCACCCAUCCAGAUCAAAGAGGAGGUCCCAGAUGAAGCUGAGGAACCAGAAAGCCCUCCCCCUCCACCCAGGAGUCCAUCACCAGAGCCCACUGUGGUGGAUAUCCCAAGUCACGCCAGUCAGUCAGCCAGGUUCUAUAAACACCUGGACCGUGGCUACAAUUCAUGCUCGAGGGCAGACCUGUACUUCAUGCCCCUGGCAGGAUCAAAACUGGCCAAGAAGAGAGAAGAGGCCAUUGAAAAGGCCAAAAGGGAAGCGGAGCAGAAAGCCAGAGAGGAGCGGGAAAGAGAGAAAGAGAAGGAGAAGGAAAGAGAGAGGGAGCGGGAGCGGGAACGAGAGGCGGAAAGAGCUGCGCAGAAGGUAUCCAGCUCCUCCCACGAGGGCCGCCUCGGCGAGUCCCAGCUCAGCGGGCCAGCACACAUGAGACCUUCAUUUGAACCUCCCCCGACCACCAUUGCCGCCGUUCCCCCCUACAUCGGGCCGGACACGCCCGCGUUACGGACACUGAGCGAGUACGCGCGGCCUCACGUCAUGUCGCCCACCAACCGCAACCACCCCUUCUUCGUGCCCCUCAACCCCACCGACCCGCUCCUGGCCUACCACAUGCCCGGCCUCUACAACGUGGACCCCACCAUUCGGGAGCGGGAGCUGCGGGAGCGGGAGAUCCGGGAGCGGGAGAUCCGGGAGCGGGAGUUGAGGGAGAGGAUGAAGCCCGGCUUCGAGGUGAAGCCCCCGGAGCUGGACGCGCUGCACCCGGCCACCAACCCCAUGGAGCAUUUUGCCAGGCACGGCGCACUGACUAUUCCACCCACGGCAGGGCCUCACCCCUUCGCCUCCUUCCACCCGGGUUUGAACCCCCUGGAGAGGGAGAGACUGGCGCUGGCGGGGCCGCAGCUGCGGCCGGAGAUGAGCUACCCCGACAGGCUGGCGGCCGAGCGGAUCCACGCCGAGCGCAUGGCAUCGCUCACCAAUGACCCCCUGGCGCGGCUCCAGAUGUUCAACGUCACGCCCCACCACCACCAGCACUCACACAUACACUCGCAUCUACACCUACACCAGCAGGAUCCCCUGCACCAAGGCUCAGCAGGACCUGUUCACCCGCUGGUGGAUCCUUUAGCAGCUGGACCCCAUUUGGCACGUUUUCCCUACCCACCUGGGACCAUCCCCAACCCAUUGCUAGGGCAGCCACCUCACGAGCAUGAAAUGCUCCGACAUCCAGUCUUUGGUACUCCUUACCCACGGGAUCUGCCCGGUGCCAUCCCACCUCCCAUGUCAGCAGCCCACCAGCUGCAGGCCAUGCACGCCCAGUCCGCAGAGCUGCAAAGACUGGCAAUGGAGCAGCAGUGGUUGCACGGGCACCCUCACAUGCAUGGUGGGCAUCUACCGAGUCAGGAAGAUUACUACAGUCGACUGAAGAAAGAAGGCGACAAACAGUUGUAAUAAAUUAUUUAUUUGUAACGCUGGCUGUGGAAACCCCAGUCCUUGGGAAGGAGUGGAACAUUUUUACAUACGAGAAGAGCUACAAAAAGGAAAAGAAUAUCUUAUAAAGAUUUCUUUAUAUAUUUAAAACAGAAGCAACCACCCAACAAGUAGAGACUUAUCAGCAUAGUGUUCAUUUGUAGAGAAGAUUUCUCAAGACUGGUGUGGGUCUCCCUGCAUGACAACGUAUUCAGAAGCCUAUUGGAAAUACAGGACUGUGUGGAAUAUUCAGAGAACUUCCUGCAAUCUUGUUUUUUUUUCUUUUUUUUUCCUUUGUUUUUCUUUUUCUUUUCUUACUAGUUUGUUUUCAGUAGGUGCUAGAAUCAGGUUCACAACACAAGUCACUGUGCGUGAAGAGACACUCAAUGCAUCUAUAGCUAUUUAAGAAAAAAACAAGGAUUGCAAGUAGGUGACAUAACAAGCUCUGAAUCCAAGUGCUAUAAUAAUAAAAAAAAAUCUACUUUUAUUUUAA